AUGACGAAAUUCGAGGCCAUGAGCCACAUGUUGAUCAAGAAAAUUUCAAACCAAGAAUCAGAAGUUAAGCAUUUGGAUAUCUUUUCAGUUGAGCGACCUCUGCCCAUCCAUCUGUUUACAUAUCUUGAAUACCUUCAAGAUGAGCUAGAAUGCUCAGACGCGGUUUUUGCGCUAGCUUACUUGUACAUUGAAAAGUUACUCCAAAAAUACCCUAAAUUUGUAAUAAACGCGUCCAAUUUACUUACUCCCCCCUCCGUGAGUGAACAAAACCAUUAGAAAAAUCCCUAUUUUUUGCUGAAAAACGCACCUUCCGUGAGUCAACAAAAAUUGUGUUAAUAGAAAAAAUUUUUAUGAAAAAUUUUUUUUGAUAUAUAAAUGAUAAUUAGUAUAAUGAAAUCUAGAGCUAAUUCUGUUUAAUUUUAAACGAAUUGCUUUUUAAAACAUAAAUUUUAUAAAUUAAAUUAAUAUUUGCUUUCCAAUUUUUGCGAAUCAGAAUUUUUUUAAAUUUCGAAAAAAAAAAAUUAACCCCCCUCCUUGAGUGAAAAAAAUUUUUUUUGUUCACUCACGGAGGGGGGGGAGUUAGGCUUACGUUUACAUCAGUAGUUUCUGCUUUUAAAUUUACUGAAGAUAAAAUCAUUUCAUAUAACGACAUUGCUAAACUUGGCCAUUUAGACGUAAAAGAGCUGUCAGUGCUAGAAAGGGUAUUUCUCUCCUCUUUAGAAUAUGAACUUUGGGACGAAGAAAUAAGACAAAAUUAUGAAGAUUUAUUAAUAAGCUGAAACAAUUUCAGCAUGUAUAGUGAUAUAGAGUAUGAUGAGGACCUAGAAGAUAUAGGAAACUUAAGUACGAGUACUACUGUGAGCUUAGAUGAACUAACAAAUUUCUCUGAGCUGAGCGCCUUUUUCACAGACAUAUAA